AAAAAUAUCAAAUAUAUAUAAAAUGUAAAAUUUAAAACGGCCUAGCAACAUAUAUCACAGUUCUUACAAUUAUCUAUUAAGUGUUAUAGGUCCUUACUCUUAAUACUGUUUUUAAAACUCCUAACAUUAGGCUUCUCUCUAUCAGUUUUGUCGAAUUUGCUCCAACGAUGGGGCCCAAAAUAUCGUAAAUAUCGUAUCAGAUUGCUGAUAUCUCUUCAGUUUUCCGGAGGCACUCGCUCGUUCUCGACCAAUAUUUUCACUUGAAUAAGCUAGUUCACACUACUGCAAUGACGUGUUUCUAAACCACAAGUAACGUCCCUUACGGGCUUCCUAUCUUCUUUAGAGUUUUUGUUUUAAUGGUAAUUUGCCCUCAUGCAAAAUAGUGUCGGGACAUCGAAGUUUUCAUGAUUACUGAUUCCUAACACGUUUUCACAUUUUCUUUGAUCGCACAGGUAUCAAUUAAAAAAGUCGUUCAGGUAAAUUAAAUUUGAGCUUAGUGGCUCAUUAGGCCGACGUUUAUCUCCGGUUCAAGUUGAAUAACGCGAGCGAAAAACAACGACAAGAGAACUAAUGCAUUCAAAUAAAAGAACUUAUUUUGUUUAAAAAGGACUCUUAUCACUAGCUUUGGAUUAUGCAUGAUCCUAUGCAUUGUUAAAUUGGAAAUUUGGAAGUCGGAGUAGCUACAAAACGUAUGUGCGACGGAAAAGCUGCCAAUAUCUGCCAUGAUAUUGAAGUUAUUUUCCAGAUCAUUAACUCAUGUCAUCACGUCACUUUAAAGAAAACGGAAUAUCUGAUGUAAAACUAGUGCCAAAUAUCACAGUCAAGUUGAGCAUUCUAGUUGGCGGUACACAGCUAGAUAACCCAGAACUGCUAAAAUGGCUGCUGUCGUAGGCCACUUCGGCUUCUGGAACAUGACAAGCGAACAAGCUUUACAAGAAGCAUGGCUGGGCCUAGAAAACGUCAGGCCACUCUCAGCGAUAAGUGCUGUUCUAUCGAUAGUAAUGUCACCAGUAAUCGUGUUUGGGAAUGUAUUCGUCUUGUUCGCAGUUUGGAAAGAUCCUCUCAAGAAACUUCGAUCAUCGCCUUCCAACUUCAUUUUAACGUCCAUGGCCGUCGCGGAUCUACUCGUUGGCUUAGUAGUUUGUCCAAUAACUGCCUACUGGGGUUGGGUGAUUUGUCUCGAAGAAAAAUCGCCUUUUGAUCUUUCUGUGAUUUUUGCCAUCAAUGUCGUCUCGGUCAACGUGAGUUUUGGCCAUAUGUUCCUGUUGACAGUGGAUAGAGUUUUCGCUGUGACGACUCCACUUCACUAUCGUGUCUAAGUUACAACUAGAAGAGUGCUCGUCGCUAAUUGUGUUUGCUGGAUCUAUUUCUUUGCAUUUGGAUGCGCAUUUCUUAUGUUGCGGGACUACUUUGUCAUUAUGGGAGCUGUCUACAACGUACAACUUCUUUCCAUUCUUUUAAGUAUGUUAACCAUGUACAUCUAUAUCAUGCUUCGCUUUCACAGAUAUUCCAGGAGAAUGGCGAAAGAACCGCAAUUAUCAAAUGAUCGCCAAAUCAUCCUUCAAAGAGAAAGAAAUCUUUUCAAGGCCAUCAGCAUUGUCAUUUGUGCAUUUCUCAUCUGCUACAUGCCGUGGUUUAUCGUUCAAAUGUUGAUAUACGUUUGCACACCAUGCCAUCCGAACUUAUCAUUACUUAUGAUAUCUUUUGGAUUUUCAGGCAGUUUAACGUACGCGAACUCGGGUUUAAACCCACUUUUGUAUGCAUGGCGACUUCCAAAAUAUAAAGAGACAUUCAAGUACUUCUGGAGGAAAACAGCCAAAAGCAUCCAUCGUAAAUGAAGAUGGCGAGGAAACUAACUUGCGCAGGAUUAAGUUAUAAGUUAUAUUAGUUUCAACUGCUAACAUUUUUAAGGCCAGAGUGGUGCUCUCGAUAUCGAAAAAAACCGAAUUGAAUUCAAUUGCCUAAUAUUCCUAUUGAAUGAGUGUAACUCUCAAUAUGUUCGUAGUUGUACUUGGCUCUUUGGCUCAUGUGGCCAGUAGGUUAUCGGUGUUCUAGGAGCAUGUGUUACGCAAAAUAUUGAUCACUAAGGCCCCGUACACAAUACGACGGAGAAAUUUGAAAACGGAACAAUCACCGGUCAUUUUGUGGAGUUUUGUUUGAGGAGGACUUGGGUAUUGAAAUCACAUGAUUAUCGUGACGUCAUCGUUUUCGAAAAACUCCUUUUUCAAAAUGUAUUUCGUCUACACUGAAACGCAAAUUCCUCAGGUUCGAAGAGCGUUUUCGAAAAGCUCCGUUACAGUGACGGAUUAGUAUGGACGGUUAGGCCUAGCCGGAGAAAUAAAGGUGUCUUUUCAUAUUUCUCCGGCCUAGUGUGGACGGGGCCUAAGCUUUUCCCUCGCUCCAUACUUCACCCAGACCAAACACAAUGUUGUGCUCGUAGAUCGUGACUGGAAAUUCGCUUGCAAAUUCUUCUGACAUAAACUAAAGUUCAUUCGGAGUCUUCAAAUUGAAACCAUGGCACUGGACCACCGGAGAAGGCCAUCAGCAUUGUCAUUUGUACAUUUCUCAUCUGCUCCAUGCCUCUAUCGUUCAUAUGUUGAUAUACGUUUGUCGACCAUGCCAUCCGAAUUUAUCACUACUUAUGCAUGAGGUUUCUGGAAAUUCCACGCAGUUUAAUGUGUGUCAACUCGGGUUAAAACCCAGUUUUGAAAGUUUCACGAUAUAGAGACAUUCAAGUUCUUCUCGAAUCAAAUAACCAAAAGCCUUCAGCAAACCUGAUGUUUGAGUACAAUUCUGUAAGAGCAAAUUUAGCUACUUAAAUAUUCAGGGCCGGAGUGCGUCUUUUGACGUAAGAAAAUAAUUGUAAUUGUCAAGUUUUGGAAUUACUCAUUGUGACUUAUAAUUUUGAAAAUCUCGUUCAUGUGAGGAUCGGAGCCGGCAAUGUUGAGAAUGGCACUUCUUUCUCUCUCUAGUUCAACCGUAACCAAAACACCAAACAGUACUCGGAGAUCGUAAAUAAAUAUACCUGCGAAGAGGAACCCUAAAUUCUAACUUCAAGGAAGUUUUCUUGGCCUCACCCCGGCUUGACACCCGUUUUGUUAUUUAAAUAUAGUGUAAAUUUAGGUAUUUUCACAGAUGAUGAUGUAUAUUCACAGAUGUUCAUACGGGUUAAUACGGAGAAAAAAAAAUCACGUUUUAAUUAAACGUCUUUGACAAUAUAGAUUCAUUAAGACAACCAUGCAAUACAUACGACAGUAAAGUCUUGAAAAGCAAUCUAAACAAAUAAACUAAUUAAUUUGGAAAAUAACCUUCAAAAUUAUUAACUACUGCUAGAGAACCUGCUCAUUUCAGGAGAACGUCAGAAGUUUGGUCUGUGAAAACAGAUUAGUCGGUUUCUCUGUGAGAUUAUUUGCUGUAAUACUCCUAUAAUGUUUGUCAACAGUACUUGGUCACUUUCAGAUCCAUCUAAUGUUAUUAGAAUCAACUCAUUCAGUUCGAGGUCUACUCGUCUGUUUAUGUCGUGAAUAAGGCGUUUGUGAAGUGCCAGUAGUUAUUAACAUCUGUUGAGUGGCGUUUGUUCCAAGCGAUUUGGUGCGCCAGCUUUUUAGAGUCAGCCGUUAAUCAUCUCUGUUGCUUGUAAGUCGAUGUUGUUCACCGAUUAACUAGUUGAAAUCUCUUAUUUUUCCGGAGGCACUCAAUCGUUCUCGACCAAUAUCUUCACUUCAAUAAGACAUGAAUAACAUAUUUUUGAACAACAAGUAACAUCCCUUACGUGCUUCCUACCUUCUUUGGAGUUUUUGUUUUGAUAAUAAUUUCCGCUGACGCAAAAUAGUGUGGGCACGUGAAAGCCUUUAUAAUUCCUAAUUCCUAAUAGGUUUUCACAUCUUCUUUGAUCGUACACUUACCACUAAAAAGUGGUUCAGUUAAAUUAAAUAACGUAAGCUUAAUUGCUGAAAGGUCUGCAUUCGAGCAGUGACUCAUCAGGUCAGCGCUUAUCUCCCGAUUGAAGUGAAUAA